AUGCAGAGAUACAACGAAGCUGUCAGGCGAGUGAAAGGCGUCAACGAGGAGUUCAUCAUCGGCAAUCUGCCCAAUUCCCUGAAACUGGAAUAUGUCUCAGAACAUUUAUAUGCCAGACUGCCCAGUUCGAUGGAGGAGCUCCAGGAGAGAAUGACUGAGUUCAUUCAAAUUGAAGAUCAGAGAUAUUCCAGAAGGAAACCCCAGACAGAAGACCCCACUAAUGGGAGCAAAAAAGAAACUAGACAGGUUCGUGAGGGAGACCAAAGGCCUCCAAGACGAGAUUUACUCCUAUCCCUAGGCCCUCGGUAUGAUCACUAUGCACGCCUAAAUGCGCCAUUGGCAAAGGUAUUUAAAGAGGCUUUAAGCGCUGAACUCCUCAACGUACGAAAGCGGCCCACGCCCCGGACCGCCGACGCAACAAAGAUCUGCCUAUUCCAUGACAACCAGGGACAUACCACUGAGGACUGCACCACCCUUAGGGAUGAACUCGAGAGGCUCAUUCAAGCAGGAUAUCCUCGUCAAUUCGUGAAAGAAGAACCAGAAUCACAUAAACAAUCUCCCAGAAAAGAAAGAAGUCCCAAACGGAUUCAUGACACUAAUGUCCGCCCAAGAGACCAUUCCCGAAGUCACCAGAGGGAGAGAGAUCGCUCCCGAAGUCGUCCUAGGGAACACGUGAGAGAAAGACCGAUCAGGGGCCAAAUCGACACCAUCUCCGGAGGCUUCGUCGGAGGUGGAGUCUCUUCAUCCGCCCAGAAAAGACACUUGAGAAGUCUUCGGAGCGUCAACAAUGUAGGGCAUAAUUCUUUGUCCAUGCUUGAUAUUACAUUCACGGAUGCAGACUUCCACGCUCCGGAGCCCGACUAG